UGGGCGGAGUCACGUGGUCCCCAGGAAGCUGCGGUCUUGUUUACCUGAAGUGUCAUCGACGAAGAGCCCCCUUCGCCUGCCUGAUGAAUCCCGACCGGCCUGCCUCCUCCACGAAGCCGCUCGCUGGUUGACAUCCGAUGUCCUCCUCCGUCUUCCCCGUGUGAGCGACACCACCAUGGCGUCCUCGAGCUACACCUGCAUCCACGACGGGGCCACAGAGAAGGACCGGCUCCUCUCCUCCGUGGCCAACUAUGGCAGCCCUCGUCCCAACGCCCUGGUGGGCUCCGAGGCCCCUCACAAGCAGGAGGAGGAGGAGGCCCUGAGGAGGAAGCUUAAAUACUUCUUCAUGAGCCCUUGCGACAAGUAUCACGCCAAAGGACGCAAACCUUUCAAACUGGGCCUGCAGCUGCUCAAGAUCAUCAUCGUGACCGUGCAGUUGGUGCUGUUCGGGCUGAGCAACCAGAUGGUGGUGACAUUCAAGGAGGAGAACACGGCUACGUUCAAACACCUUUUCCUGCAGGGUUACGAGGACGGCGCUCCGCAGGCUGUCCACACGCAGGGCGAGAUGUACAGCCGCAUCCACUUUGCCGUAGAGCAGUACAUGGCGCUACCUCAGAUCUCGUUGGGGCAGUAUGCAUACGUGUUGGGCGUUGGCGUGAAAGGGAGUGCACUCUCCCUCUGCCAGAGGUACUACAGGCGGGGCACCAUCGACCCCGUCAACGACACCUUUGACAUCGAUCCCCAUGUAGAUACCGAAUGUAUUGGACUGAAUCCACUGACUUCCAGUCUGGCUCCAGCAAACAUUGACUACAAGAAUUUCACUCUCCAGUUUUACAAGCUGAUCAACGUCACCAUUGACUUUCAGCUGAAGGCCAUCAACAUUCAGACGAUUAUAAACAAUGAAAUCCCUGACUGCUACACCUUUGCUAUCACGAUCGUCAUGGAUAACCGGGCGCACAGUGGCAAAGUGAAGAUCAGUCUGCAGAACCAGGCCUCCAUACGGGAGUGCAAAGACCCCAACGUGUCCGGACACGCGGACAGCUACGCCCGGGAGUUCCUCGAUGUGCUGGUGGCGUUCGUCUGCCUGCUGUCCCUGCUGCUGUGCGGCCGCUCCAUCCUCAGAGGCAUCGUCCUGCAACAUGAAUACGCGCAGUUUUUCAAGCUCGGCCUCGGCCGCAGCGUGAGCUGGGGGGAGAGGAUGGAGUUCAUCAACGGCUGGUACAUCCUGCUCAUCGUCAGCGACAUGUUCACCAUCAUCGGCAGCUUCAUCAAGAUCGGGAUCGAGUCCAAGAAUUUGUCGUCAUACGACAUGUGCGGGAUCCUGCUGGGAACCUCCACUCUGCUGGUGUGGGUGGGAGUCAUCCGCUACCUCAGCUUCUUUCAGAAAUACAAUAUCUUGAUCGUGACCCUCAGAGCUGCGUUUCCCAACGUGAUCCGCUUCUGCUGCUGUGCCGCCGCCAUUUACAUGGGGUACUGCUUCUGUGGCUGGAUCGUGCUGGGGCCGUAUCACACCAAGUUCCGCUCCCUCUCCACGGUGUCGGAGUGCCUGUUUUCCCUGAUCAACGGGGACGACAUGUUCGUGACGUUCCACGAGAUGGAGAAGAGCGGCGCUCUGGUGUGGAUCUUCAGCCAGGUCUACCUUUACACCUUCAUCUCCCUCUUCAUCUACAUGGUGCUGUCUCUCUUCAUCGCGCUCAUCACCGGAGCCUACGACACCAUCAUGGCUCAGACGCAGGAGACGGUGCGAGUCAGCGAUUUGCACGAGUUCAUCGCAGAGUGCGCGGACACGCCCAGCUCGGGCAAGUUCCGCGGGCCAGAGGGGUCGUCGUGCUCCUUCCUCUGCUGCUGUAACUGGUGAGGAGGACGAGGAGGAUGCACAGAGGGAGUAAGCAGUGUAUGACUGUGUGUGUGUGUCGCUAUAUUCCCCUUCUCCACAAACAGCCAGCGGGGGCGAUGAAAGCCUCGAACAGACCGGACCACGCCGUCUUCUGAUAGAAACGUGCAUUUGCAUUGGUGGUCCGGCGCUCCGUACUUGUUUGGGCUUUUUGCUCUGUGUGAAUAAUUCAUUGUUGGGGCUUCGAUGACCAGUAGCUGCACAAUGCCAGUAAACGUAGUCCUCACUGUAGACUGGACAACUGAGUAAGAUGCAUUCGCAUUUUCUCUUAGACCGAUGCUCUUUUUAGUGUCCACAUGGCUGCUUAGCCUUCAGGAUUUUUAUUUUUUCGCCUCUUGAUUAUGUAAAUGUGUGUAUUUCCUCUGACUUGAUAUAGUAGCGGUGCAAUGGGGAAAAAAGAGGGAUCAUUAAGUAAGAAUUGGCUCCUGUAACGUUUUCAGUAGGGGCUCUUCCUCCACUCCCCGCCUGCAUUCUUCUUAUACCAGAAAGGACGAGCCCUGCAGCCCUGCAGCCAACUGGUUAGUCAUAAAUCUGUAGGAACUGUUCCUGCUGUGACUAAUGCGCUGCGAGACGGAGCGCUCUUGCUGUUUGGCUGCAGUGUGCCGCGCUGCACAUUUGUAUAGGAAAUCCAGGAUGCAAACGGCAUCAGUGUCCCCUGGGUGUCCUCACUUUGAAAAGAAUCAUGCACGACGGUCAGUGUCGAGACACAAAUAUUUUAGGAGCGAAGUUUUAAUGGGUUAAAAAUACAAUUCUGCACGUUAAGAAAGUUUAAGAUAUUCGUAGCUGUAUCGUUGAGUUCUCCCAUCAUGCACGCAACCGUUAGCUAGCUAGCUAGGUAAAUUAGCCAUAUCAAUGCACAGCGUUAUUUAUUCUGAUGUGAUUUAGCUGGCAGAGUUGUUGAUAUGUUAAAGAAUGUGUGUGAAAUGUGGCUCUUUAUCUGCAGUGAGUGCAUCCUGGUCCAAAACACACUAGCGCCUUAACUUCAUUGAGACACGUCACCUACGCCCCUUUGGGAUGUGAACUCUUCCUUGUGACAUAUUUCCCAGUUUUAUGAUCAAAUCUUCUUGAAUGGUCCGUUUUUAAAAAUCACUUAAGUAAGUUAUAAUAUGUAUAGUUUAAACACACAAAAUAACGCAAAGAUCUACUAUGCCAAGCUAGUUUCUCUGAGGUGGUUACAUUCGCUGUAGCUCGAGCUCGCUGGAGGUCUGUCACUGCACUUUGCUUUUUGCUUUCCUGGUGUACUUUUAUUUAUUUGUUUAUGUAAAAGAUGUGAAAGUCUGAUUCCUGUUUUCCCGCUCUGACUCGGCCUUGUAGGGUAGUUCGAAUGCAGCUUAGAGAGUUGCUAACAUUUGAUAUAAUGUACACAUGCACAAAAAAGUGCUUCUUUAUUCACCUCAUGGAAAAGGAAAAUGAAUAUGUAGAAUGUCUCAUUUCUGAAGGAUGGGGGAGUGUUUCAGGACUAAAGGGGACUGUACUUUUUUUUUGUGCACACUAACAUGCUAACUUAAAAUGAAUGAUUAUUGUUUACAAUCACAACAUGCAUUUACCUUAAUGAAUGUUUAUUGGCGGGUACUUAUUUGCACUUAAUGAGGACUGAUUUAAAGGUGUCACGUAACGUGCUUCUGUUCCUGUUCUCUGUGUGGCCAUGUUCUUUUUUGUUUUACGCUAACUUUGCAUAUGUUUCCUUGUGUUUUAACUUUAUAUUUUAAGUGAUGGCUGAAAAGGGAGUUUCUCUGUUUUCUGUACAGGAGAUUUUUACCCUAACUUAUUAACUUCCUUCUGUGACCAUGUGAAGUACCUGUAGAUCAAAUAAACUGUUAAGACUCUCAAA